AAGCAACUCUAACGUAGGAGCAGGUAGGAUUUCGGAGAGCGCUGUCGUGUCAGCAACGUCAGCCGCCAGGAGCUAGAGACGUGAUUGUUUUGUUGCCCCGACUAGCAAAGUGCUGCAAGUGCUUUCUUGGGACUGACUGCUGCACACAAUGGAUAUUCAUGAAGAGCGUGCAGAAUCCUCCGGUGCUGGGCCUUCCCACAGGGCAGCCGGCGUUGCAUAUGACGUCUUCAUCAGCCAUUGUGGGGCUGACUGCAAGCGUGACUUUGCUGUCCAGCUCAAGAACGAGCUGGAGCGGGCGGGGUUAUGCUGCUUCCUGGAUGACAGGGACCUGCGGUUGGAAGACGAUGCAGCAAAAACAAUCUGCGCAGCAAUGGAAACAACAAAGUUCGGGGUGGUUUUGGUCACAGAGGGGUUCUUCAAGCGGGAGUGGCGUAUCAAGGAACUGGAGACGUUCUUGAGGAGGGGAAACUGCACACCAGUGUUCCUGGAGAGGUCUAUGGAGAGGCAGGGGGAGAUUGUGGAAGAAUGCAGAUCCAGCAGGGUCUGGGAGGGGUUUGGGAGAUUCUUGUGGUCAGAGGAAGAGUACUUGGGUUUGGUGAAGGGGGUGUUUGGCUUUGUGGGCCUGAGGCUAGAUGCAUCGGACGGCUUUUGGGACACCUGCUUUGCCAAGCUCAAGCAAGAGCUGCUUCUCCAGUUGGGGAGAAUCGAGGGGCCACCAAUGCUGCCAGAACCAUCGCUCCUAGUCGGGAUGGAGGAGCAUGUUGAGGCAGUCAAGGUCCUGAUGGGAUUCAGGACAACGCCGCAAAGUGGGGAGGGAGGGAGCGCUCAAGAGGUGGGGAUCGUUGGCGUGAAGGGCAUGGGCGGAGUUGGGAAGACAACGCUGGCAAAGCUUGUGUACAACGACAAAGAAGUGAGGGCUUUCUUUGGGAAGAGGGUGUGCUGGUUAGAAGUCAAUCAGAAGCCAAGCCAAGAAAAGGUUUGCAAGCUUCAGGAGCAGAUAUUGCAGGCUUUGGGGGACGCAGGAUCAGUUUCAAGAAUAGCCGAUCCUACGGUGGGCAGGGCAGAGAUCAGGAAGGCCUUGCAGAGUGGCGCACCUGUUCUGAUCUGCUUGGACAACGUGUGGGUGGACGGACACACCCCGGUUGUCUUUAAAGAGGACCUAAGCCCGGGUAGCUGUAUUCUGAAAACCACAAGGGAUGCCAACACCAUAGCGCCUGGGGGCCAAAAACAUGACUUGGACGUCCUGAGCCCUGAAGACGCAGAGCGUCUCUUCCGUGCGACAGCAUUGCGGGGCCAGGAGCCGUCUGCUGAGGUCGAGGCUCUGAUAGGCCGAACCCUGCCCUUCUGCGCCGGCUUGCCUUUGGCCCUUGAAGUUGUGGGCGCAUCAGUGGCGAGACUGUUAACAAAAGAAGAUGGUAUCUCACUAUGGGAGACUCUCUUGGCUGCCAUGAGCGGGGCAAGUGUGGGCGUAGUGCAAACCAUGGUUGUUUUCAUUCAGCAGCAGGCGCAGUGA